AUGCCGGUCCUCCUUGAGUUUGCGCCAGAGCUCAUCGUAAUGGUCGCUUCCAAACUUGAUUCGGCCGACUUCUUCAAUUUUCGGCUUGCUUGUCGAUACAUCAAUUUAACAUCAUUCCACCACUUUGGAGCUCGCUACUUUCGCACCCGCUACCACAUGCUCGAGCGGAGAAGCCUCGAAAAUCUCGUGGAAGUGUCCCGCGACCCGGUUUUGGCCCCCUAUGUCUGCUCCGUGCAGAUCUGCCCACAGCAUUUAACAAGUGACUUUCAUGUCUUCGCGCCUUGGGUCAGGGGCUUGGACGAUGAGUAUGUCGGGGUGAACAAUGCUGCCCACAAGCAACUUUUGUACGAGCAGUACAGCCUGAUAGAGUUUGGACUCGGCAGCGCAUAUCUCUCGGGGGCAUUGGUUCGCCUUACCAACUGUCGGACGCUUGGAAUCAGCGAUCAUCCCUGGCCCUGGGGAGCGGCGUCUCAAAAGCGACUGACAGGAGUCCGUUUCACUAGUGAGGUCUCGCAGAAAGAGAGCAUUGCGUUUACCAAGCGUGCAUUCCGUAUGAUUGUUGCCGUUGCGAUUACAAGUCAAAUCCCGCUGGAGAGAUUCCAGGUCUUGCAUGGACUCCCUGAUAAAGCGUUUGGGCCUGAGAUCAUAGCCAUCCCGAGACGCCUUGCUGAUAUGGCGCGAGGCCAUCUCAUGAGCAUUAGCGUAUUGGAUCUCUGCGUGGGAGAGGAUGAUCGCAUGACAGCCGAAGCCUGGGUGGAUGGUGUUAACGGGUUCAUCAUGCUUUUCCGGAAUGUCGCCGAUCUCACCCUAGAUUUUCAAGAUAGCUCCGAUUUGCGACGGUUCCAUGGAAUGUCCGAAGGUCUGUUGGUCCCACGGCUCCGAUCUCUGGCGAUCAGCCAUCUGAGGUGUAGCGAGGAUGAUCUGGCUCGGCUUUUCUUCCGCCAUUCCUCCACCUUGGAGAUGAUUUCCUUGAAAUCAGUCCGCCUCAAGCAGGGGACCUUUAAGUCACUUAUCCAGAAGGUACAAGGCUAUCUGAAAACCGAGCACCUGUUCAUGGAUGGCGAUGACAACCAAGAUGUGGUCUAUUGGAAUUUCACAAAAGUUGGAGACAGCCUGUUCGUGUUUGCUGGCAAGGAUGUCAGUGAAAUAGCACAAGCUUCUUUGUAA